UCAGUUUUGAGGACUAUUCGGAUUUUUCUCUUCAAGCCAGAAGCAAAAAAAAAAAAAAAAACGACAACAUGGUUGUGUGGACUGACCAAGAGCGUGCUGCCAUCUCCGGCAUCAUGGGCGGCCUGGUCUACGAGGAAGACGGCCCCAAGGCUUUGUGCAGGUGUCUGAUCGUUUACCCCUGGACCCAGAGGUACUUUGGCGCCUUUGGCAAUCUCUACAACGCUGAAGCCAUCCAGAGCAACCAAAAAAUCGCGGCCCACGGCAUCAAGAUCCUGCAUGGUCUGGACCGGGCUCUGAAGAACAUGGACAAUAUUAAGCAAACCUACGCCGAGCUGAGCGUGCUGCACUCUGAGAAGCUCCAUGUGGAUCCUGACAAUUUCAAGUUGCUGGCUGACUGUUUGACCAUCGUCAUCGCCGCCAAAAUGGGAAGUAGCUUCAACCCACAGAUUCAAGCCGCUUGGCAGAAGUUCUUGUCAGUGGUGGUGUCCGCUUUGGGACGGCAAUACCACUAAAUUCAGAUGCUCGAUAUGGAGAUUCAACAUAUGUUGUCAUGUGUUUGUUUUCUCCAAAAAGAAAUAAAGGCUCACUGAAGCAAAAGACAAUGGUGGAAUUG